CCUGGCGGCAGCUUCGACCCGCCGGAGCCGGGCAGCCUGCAGCCCGGCGGGGGCUCUGGCCCGCCCGGGGCCAGGAGUCCGUCGAGCGACACCACCGACGAGGUCCUGACCGGCAAGUCUGCGACGAACCGGGAGACGAUCCUCGACGCCGGAGACACCAGCGGAGACGUCGAGGGCGUGAUAAGGGCGAAGACCGGGAAGGCCUUGGACAACAUCACGACCAUCGACAGGUCCGUGUGCGAGAAGUCUGGCCUGCAGUUUGUCCCGUCCUCGGCACCAGCACCGACGUCCUCGAGCGGUACGUUCACUGGCAGCUCGGCCGACAUCGGGGAGUGCGUCAUCACCCACGCGACCGCCGACGCGGGCCCCGACGCCAGCACCGCCGCCGACGCCGGCCCCGACACUGGCGCCAGCCACCACGCAGGCGACGACGACAGCGUGGGACGUGGGGACCGAGACCACGGAAGCGGCGGCCAUCGAGGCGGAGACGACGGGAGCGGCAGCCGAGGAGGUACCAGCGGCGAGGUCAAAGGCCACGACGGCGAAGACGACGACGGCUCCGCUGCCGGGCGAGCCGUCGGACUCGAGCGCGACCAGCAGUGGCAACGGCACCAACGUACCUCAGCUCGCCAUCUGACGCCGACAUCGGUUUCGCUGAGAUGCUGA